ACCUGCAAUUGUAGAAAUGAAACUGAAAUCUGCGAUCAGUACACUGGAAAUUGUAGCAGUUGUCCAGAUGGAUGGACUGGAAUUGCGUGUGACGUUUGCGAAAAUGGCUAUUGGGGUACAAGUUGUACGAAGUGUGGCCAUUGUAUGUCUGGAAAGAUCUGUGAUAACACUACAGGCCAGUGUGAAGAGUGUCAAACUGGAUGGGCGCAACCAAUGUGUACAGCGUGUUUGGAUUUCCGGUAUGGUUCUAACUGUAACAAAACCUGCAACUGUAGAAAUGAACAUGAAGUCUGCGAUAAGAAAACAGGAGCUUGUAAAGCUUGUCCAGAUUGGUGGACAGGAAACGCGUGUGACACAUGUUUGGAUUUCCGGUAUGGUUCUAACUGUCACAAAACCUGCAAAUGUAGAAAUAAAACUGAAGUCUGCGAUAAGAAAACAGGAGCUUGUAAAGCUUGUCCAGAUUGGUGGACAGGAAACGCGUGUGACAAAUGUAAACCAGGCUAUCAUGGCGUCGGCUGUAAUGAAACAUGUGGACAUUGCCUGACUGGAGAUGAAGCUUGUGAUACACGAACUGGGACCUGCGGACAGGGAUGUGCUGCCGGAUGGGAGGGAGUUACAUGCAAAACAGAAUGUAAACCAGGCUAUCAUGGCGUCGGCUGUAAUGAAACAUGUGGACAUUGCCUGACUGGAGAUGAAGCUUGUGAUACACGAACUGGGACCUGCGAACAGGGAUGUGAUGCCGGAUGGGAGGGAGUUACAUGCAAAACAGAAUGUAAACCAGGCUAUCAUGGCGUCGGCUGUAAUGAAACAUGUGGACAUUGUGUGACUGGAGAUGAAGCUUGUGAUACACGAACUGGGACCUGCGGACAGGGAUGUGAUGCCGGAUGGGAGGGAGUUACAUCAUGUGCCAAGGAUCGUUAUGGCAAAGACUGCAAGAACAUCUGUGAAAAUUGCAAGGACUGGACCUGUGAUCCUGUGAUUGGCUGCACAAAACUACUUGCCGCUGUUAACGACGGGAGUACCACUGCUAUAGCAGUGGGUGUGGUGGUCGUCUUCGCAGCCGCGGCACUGGGCGUCUUCUUUUGAAGAAGAAUCCAAGGCAAGACCAGAAGACUAGAAGAGAUUCCUAUGAUUACAAAUGGUUACAAAUCCAGUGAUACGUCAUUUAUCUAAUUGUUUCGUGUAUUUUUAUGGUUAGAAAUUCAGUGAUAACCCAUUUAAAUGUUUGUAUUUUUUAUGGUUAGAAUUCAGUGAUAAGCUGUGUAUCUAAUUGAAUACCUGACUAUGAUAAUGUCCCAACUCCAUCGGGUCUAGUUUCAACCAAAAAAUAAAUAAAAAAUUGGUUCUUUCUUUCAAAUUUUAUUUCUUUACAAAUGGUUUAUAUAUAUACACUAUUUACCCUGGGAUAAAUAAUGCCUGGAACCCCACACAUUUGGUAAUUAUAGUAGAUCAUAGGUCAUGGAGUUUGGUCGUUGUUAGAAUCAGACGUAGUCAAAUAAACUGGAGUGGACAAUACUUUACAAUACUGCAGUGGAAAGGCAUAUUACAGCAAUACAAAUAACUCCACCAGUUUGUAUACAUUGUUUGUGUUAUUACAUUAUGAUGCAUGAAUUUACAUUGUCUAAGGCGUGUUCUCCGCCACCCGCUACCUAGGGCCUAUGGAUCCGUUCACCACUACUUUGAGUAUAUGUCUAUUUUCUAAAAGUAUGUCAACGGCCUUCGAAUUAUCUUCAUCAACACUGUCAGUAUCAGGACCCAUUUUAUCUAUUAAUACAGAUGCUGGUUGUCUGAGAUAUUUGAAUAGUGACAUCAUCCAACUAUGCGUUUUUGACAGUUUCCAUUGAUGUAUAGAGAGACUGUAUAGGAAGGGUGGGCUGUUUUUUUGUCUAUCAGAGGAAAUAUCAUUUCAAACAUGCCAGGCAUGGGUUUUGAUACAUUCACAUGAAACUUGUGAUCGCUUGAGAAUGUGGUAAGGCUUCUAUUCACUAACUUUCAACUUUUCUUUGUUUUUUUUACAACAGUAGCCUUGAACAUCUGUACGGAGUCCUCAAUAACCCCAAACUAACGGUCACAUCGUAAAAACCCCCAGAACAAAACAAGUGCCCUUGAAUGAGCAAAUGAAAGUUAAUAUUUUGUAACUGAUUUUAAUAGACAAGAGUGGAGAGAAAGCUGAUCAUUGCGCUGUUGUCAUUUGUCCACUCCUGCUAUCACUGAAGAGAUUCAGGUGCAGGGCAGCCCUUGGCACCGUUAUACGGAUGUAGUGCUGUGGGCACGAGAUCAUCUCGUUACAUCCUCUUUUAGCAGUAGACGCUUGCCAUGUGAGCAUUUACAUAAUCCACCCUCUGCCCUAUACUUCUUCCGCUUAUUUUGCAGCCAUUCAAACUCCUUUAUUCUCUUCAUUAUCAUACAACACAUAUUCAUGCAUUAGGGCUGCCAUUUUCACCACUCCCUCUUAUUAGCGAAAAAACAUCUUAGGAAAAAAACCCAUCUGGACUCCAAAAGUUGGGACACUGUUUUAAUGAGCAGAAAUAAAAGCAUGCUGCAUUAUAGGUUUGGAGUUAUUAUGUUACUCAGACAGCUAAAUAGAUUGACAUCAAGUGGUAUCAUAGUGACAACUCAAUGUUUGAAAAAUGUGGAGUUGGAACGUUGACAAAGUCAGGUAUUCAAUUGUUUCAUGUAUUUUAAUGGUUACAGGCUGUCCAGCGAUCCCACUUUCCCUUCUUUUUCCUACGUUUUGGUCUUUGUCCUAUUUUCCAACUUUUUCUUCAAAAUAUCUAGUUUUUUCUACUCUUUACUAAUAUUUUGUUUGAAAAUGCCGCAAAUUCUGUUAAAGUGUGCAUAUUGCGUAUGUUAUUAUAAAAGUCUACAGUUACGGGAUUAUAUAUAUAUAUAUAUAUAUAUUUUGCAGCAAGAUAUAUCUCCCAUAUAAUAUCAGCAUAUUAAAUUUGCACCCUGAAAGUCAAUGUGAGAUGAAAUUUAAUUUCUGGCACUCAAAUUUUACUUUUGUCAUGUCGUAGUGUGCUCCCUUAAUACACAAUAUUGAGCUGUCUAUUGAGUAUUGGAGUUGUAGCACUACUAUACUAAGCCUGUACAUGGGUUUUGAGUUAUUGUCUUUUAUCUCACAUUAGCUUUUAUGUAUUUUUGUCUAUCACAUCAGUUAAAAUUUAAUAAUUUUCUGUUCUCUUUUUGACCGUUUUCAAUGUGGAAUUGCAGCCUCAAAAUAUCCACAUCACUCCUUAUAAACUGUUGCUGUCAAAUUCCACAAUAUUUAUAAUUUUCCACCAUAUUUUACAUCACUCCUUAUAAACUGUUGCUCUCAAAUUCCACAAUAUGUAUACUUUUCCAUCACAUUUAACAUUAAAAAGACCCAGACGAAAUGUGGUGCCAUAAAACAUUUCAACCCGUGUAGAGUUUCUGCAGUGAACAAACUAUUUAUAGCGCAGCCACUGCAGUCAAUCAUAUUAUCAUGAGUGUUGCAAUGCUAAUUUGCUGCCGUACAAUGAUAGCAGUGCAUCCAGCUAUUUCCGUUACUUUAUGUAGUUUAUAUCAAUAUGCCUCCUCUUUCAGCUGAAUUUGAAAACUGAGUAAGCCAUUCCAACAUGUUUAAUUUUAUGUUAACAGAUGAUAUAUGUAUAUUAAGUUUGUAUAUCUGUAAUAUCUUGUCUAAAAAAAUAAGGGCUAGUAACAGUUGUUCUAAGUUAGCUGUUUAUGAUUGCCCAGUAGCUAACUAGUUUUCCAAUGAUUGACAUUAAAAUGUACAAUGUAUAGGUAUCAUUUCUAUAAUAGUUUGUGAAAAACGUAAAAUAACCAUGUUAAUCUGUUUUAGUAUGCUGCAAGCUAGGUGCAUCAACAUUACGGUACAUAUAAACAUGUAUAUUGUCAUUAAUACAGUGUACGACAAUUUCAAAUAACUGUAUAAUGUGAUCGUUACAUAAGAUUCAUGCUAUUUUGGAAAUAACAGAAAAUUACAGGUACAAACUGAGAACCACAUACAAAUUGUUUAAGUGUUUUCUGAAUAAUACCACAUUUUUGGAUUUAAAACGAUUCGGUUACUCAGGUUGAGCAUGAAUAAUGUUGCUACAGUCCUACUUUUGUCUUACUUUUUCUAUAUUUUCAUUCCUACUUUUGUCCUACUUUUUCACAUGGAUGUACUGGACAGUCUAUGGUUAAAAAUUCAGUGAUAACCCAUUUAUCUAAUUGUUUCAUGUAUCUUUAAGGUUAGAAAUUCAGUGACAAGUCACAAUAAUAUACUAAGUAUUUGCACCAUUUAUCUAAUUGUUUCAUGUAUGUUUAUGGUUAGGAAUUCAGCCAAACAUUUGUACCAUUGUACCAUGUACAUGCACUUAUAUAGAAAUAGUGUUGGUCAUCUGUAGUCUAGGUAAGCAUUAUAAACAAAGGUAUAUAAAUGUGGAAGUAAGAUAAUUAAUAUGAUCAUGUACAAUGGCAUAGUCCUUAGUACAUGAAAGGUUGUUUAAGAUUUACUUGGUGCACUGAAAAUAUCAUUAGGCCUACAAGGCCCGAGUUUGCCAUAACUUGAAGGUUUUAGUUUUUUCUCUGAUUACUAAAUACACAUUAUAUAUAUAUAUGUAAUAAAUAGGUUUUUUUCUGGAAUGUGUGUGUUGAAAAUAUAUAUGUUGAGAAUUA